GAGAACAGUAGACUGUUGAGGCCUGUGUGGUCUUCACUUCUCUCCUACAUUUCUAUUCCUAUUUCUCUUCUUUCUUUAUCAGCUGGUGAAUACCUGCUUCUCCCAACAGCGCUCUGUGGUUGAUUACUCCACUGCUGUUCACAAAGUGAUUGACCAGUUAGUGUUGUUGUGCAAUCAUGGAUGCUUCAUGGGGCUUUUAAAAGGUUGCUCUUUAGAAGGAUAUUUUCAUUCUCUUCAAAAAAGUUUCCCCUGUCGAACGAUUUCAGGAGGUUUGAUUGAACAGUUCUUAACACGCGUGAGGGCGCCUAUGAUAUGGCAGAGUUGCUAGGAACUCUCGGAGAGCUUAAAGCCCUGUCGAAUGAACUCCACCUACUCUGCCCGCGUCAAAACGAUGAUGACAGGUCGCAAUACAAGGAGAAACAUGUCGAUAGGGAAAAAUGCAAGAGAAAUGACGAGGACGCGUGCAAGCGACUCGCAGAAAUUCGAAAAGCGCGGGAAGAGGCGAGGAUACGCCGCGAGAAAUUCCUGUCAUGUAUGCCGCUAUUGGCUUUUCACGAGGCAGAAUUGAUCGAGCAUCAGACUUGGAUAUGGAAUCGUCUUCAGCAAAGUCUUGAGAGCUGUGAGCUUUGCAUUAUAGAAUAUUACAAGGGCAAAUCGUGGUUAUGGGAGACACUUAAAGAGCACUACGAAGAAAGUGAGGUUGCGCAGUUUGGCAAGAUGCUGGAUGAUUGGGAUAUAGGCCGCAUUUUGAACCAUUUGGAUUCAGCUGCCCAGACAUUAAGCAGCCUCGACCCUAGUCAGAGGUGCCCUGAGAUUUUGGACAGGUCAGGCUUGUGUGCAAUUUUUGAAGCACUGAACUGUCAAGCGUUGAUGAAGCAGGAGGACAAAUUCCGUCAGCAUUUCGAUGAACCAUUUAAAUUGGUCCAAACUCAUCAGCGCCUACGAAUUAUGGAGUAUGUCCCUGGAUUGAGUCGAUUUAUCUUUGAUCCGGACCCUCUUCGAAGCAAAUGGGCUGAGCUUGCUUGGGAAAAAGUGCCCGAACCCCUUACCAAAGAAGACUUCGAACAAGCAGUCAAGGAGCCACUUAUGCCAGCGUUGUCUCAAGCUACCUAUCAGCCUUAUCAGCCGGAUAUCGUCGAGAGAUUAUGGCGGGGAUUGUAUCUCAUUGUUCAAAGAUGCGAUGAGGGAAUCAUUACUCAUAAUUUAAGAGGACUUGAAAUCGACAUCUGCCGCCUGUCUGUCGAACACCUUGAGAUUCAGGGCCCUUGCCUCCGGCCACUAUUGAAUACGAUCCGUGUUCUUGUCGAAAAGGCGCCAAGAGUAUUCUGGGAUGCGAUGCAAACAAUUCCACCACAGGCUAUUCUCGAACGCAUCUUUCACAAUCCACAACUCGACAAGCUUUUCCGUGAAAUGGUGGAGGAGGAGCCUUUUGAGAUGUCCGCCUUGAGAGGCGUAUUGUUGUUUCUGCACUCUUUUGUGAGAUCGCUUUUGGAUGCACACCGGCCGCAAACAUGUCGAUAUUUGACGUAUCAGCUACUUACUCGCAUCCAAGAGUCUGAAUUUCCAGAAGUAGUGAAGUUUUACUGCAUAAACGCCGGCUUGUCGGUUAUAAUUAUGCUUCUUCGAAGCUUCACAGAAGAUUCCACCUCCAGGGGCUCUGUGGCGACCGUCGUUUUAUCCGAGACGCUGGAAAUAGUCACCAAGCAUAUUAACAUAAUAUUCAACCCCCCAAAAUUCGUCAUUAAUGGCAAACCCAUGGACCUUGUACCUCUCUGUACCGAUGUUGUGCGGAAUGUUUUGUCUUUCGAAUGCGAAUCGCUGAAAGCCGACUACGGGAUGAUCCUAGAGAACAAGAACCUGCAACAAAAUGUGAGUACUUACACUCCGGUUAUUUGGGAUGAGGUUGUCAGGCAUCUCCACGAAGGUAAUAUUGCGCUGUCACGCUCCGCGUUGAUCGGUUUAUAUCCUCUUCCGGGCUUGGAAAAAUUCCCGACUAGAGGAGAAAAUAAUCCGGAAAAGACACAUUACAAUACGAUGUAUGGCCAUAUUACGCAUUGUUUUUGCCUGAUACUGGAAAGACUGGCGGAUUUCAAGCCAGAGAAACUUGACGAGCUAUUCCAGGAUCCCUCAGCGCCUUUGGCCCCUAUCUCUGCUCUUUUCUCCGCAGAUUUGAAUACCUACCAGGCGGCUAUUGAUCUUAUCAAAACAGUCAGCGGGCAAUCCGGUCGCAGAGAGGCGAUUUCACACCUGUUUCAAGCCUUUUGGACAUCUACACUGUAUGCCUUUAGCUGGUCCUAUCGUCGGAUUGCCAAGAUGAAAACGUUCGCUUCUGCACCGAGGAUGGUAAAAACGGGAACCGAUAUCAUUGACGUCCUUUGUGACUCUCAAACAGGAAUUCUUAGAAGUCGUAAACUGGCCGACGAUGCGGAGACCGCUUCUCUUCAAAAGCUCUGGGAGUACCAGUGGGUUGGGCUGACCACGAUAUUUAACCAGACGGAGGCAUGGCACAGGACAGGAGUUGAUAGGACCACUAUGAUGGAGUUCUGCCGGGAUACGAUGCAAUUCGCCGAUCUCCUUUUUGAUCAGUUCCCUAUUUUUGUGACCGCCAUUGUUGAGUCGAACUCCAGUAUCUCUAAAUCCGCCAGUGAAAUUCUUCUAAAAGCGCCAACUAAGACAAUGAGUGGAAUGGUGAAGUGGCUUCGCCUGAAGGACGAAUACCUUGCUACCACCUUGGGAGGUUUGGUGGUGAAACUCUUACGCCGCCUGGGAGAAUUAAAUGUAGAAUUGCCCGAGGACGCAAUAAACUUCAUACGGGGCGUAGCGGUGACAUCGGAAGUCAAGACAAUCCUCACGCAACGAGAGAAGGCAGAGCUUGUUAGGGCGCUGGAAGCUUACUAUGGAGAGCCUUUAGCACCCACACAAGCUACACUACCUAUCAUUAAGAAGCAGACAACGAUCAGGGACUUUGCGAAACCUGUCGACAGAUCCGCGGUAUCUACCCCGAAAGAGUCUACGGAGGAAGAAUUCAGUGAGGAUAUUCCGGAUGAAACACUCAUGCAGCUUUCUUCGUCCGUUGAGCUAAACAAGGCAAGAUUAGCUGCCACGUCUAAAAAGACAGAAAAGCGGAUAUCUGUGGCUCCCAAGCCUCUACUGAAACCGUCGCCACUAACGCAGAGUGUCCAGUCUUUCCGUGAAAAGCGAGAAAGAGAAAGAGAAGAGAAGAAAAGACGGGAUAAACUGGAGGCAGAUCGCCGAAAAAAGAACUCAGCUUUUCUUGGUGUUGCCGAACAGACGAUGUCUCAGGGCUCUGGUCUUGAUUCCAUCAGUGUUGAUAUCACCGAGCCGAAGCCGGUCGACAGUAUGAUGGUUUCCCAAACUAGCUCCGAAUCUGAGAGUGAUGAUGAAGACCAAGGAACGCUUGGACAGAAAACGCCUAUGAAACCAGAUGCGGUCAGAGCAUAUGAAGAAAGCAAGAAGAUGCGAUUACAACAACGUAUGCCUGUCAAGAAGAUCAAGGUAGCUCGCUCCGCUAAGGACAUGAGGGCAAGACUCUCACCAGAUUUGACUACGCUUCAUAAGACAAUACUGAGUUGGGAUUUUUUUGCGACCGGCGACCUUCCACCUAAUUGCGGUCGAACAGAUUAUACUCUUGUCUCAAAUACCUUUACGAAUGCCUUGGAGUACCAACGAACUUUCGAACCGCUUUUGAUCCUAGAAGCGUGGCAGGGAUUUCAAUCUGCCAAAGAGGACGGUACAUUCAAGCCGUUCGAGAUAACAGUCGCCAACCGAGUUUCGGUCGAUAAUUUUGUAGAAGUUAGCACUUCUAUGGCACCACAGACAGUGAAGGAUCUUGGACUAGGCGAGGCAGAUAUGAUUCUCAUCUCUAAAGGCAGUAACCCAACGACAGACUCCAAAGCGCAUCAUUGCUUGGCUCGUGUAAGUGGCCUCAUCAAGAAAAAGGGGCAGAUGGAGAUAACGUAUCGUGUAAACCCCAUGAACCCACUAAUAAACACCAUUUCACCCGGAGCGAGCUUAUACGGCGUACGGAUCUCUUCGCUUACGCCUCUGGAGCGAGAAUAUGGUGCUCUGAUGGCGCUGAAGUACUAUGACCUGAGCGAUGAGAUCAUAAGGGCGAAGCCAUCUCCCAUCCUCAACUAUAGCACAGAAUCUGUAAAACAUAUUCUCGGCACGUAUGAUCUGAAUCUGGCUCAGGCAAAAGCGGUAAAGUCUGCAAUGGAUAAUGAUGCCUUUACGUUGAUACAGGGUCCGCCGGGUUCAGGAAAGACGAAAACGAUCGUCGCACUUGUGGGUGCUCUAUUAACUCCCACCCUGUCUGAACAUCGAAUUGCCCCCCCUCGUCCUGGUGAUAAAACCGCGCGGACAUUGGCGAAGAAGCUGCUCGUCUGUGCGCCUAGUAACGCUGCUGUGGACGAAUUAGUUAUGCGAUUCAAAGAGGGCGUCAAAACACUACAGGGAAGGGCCCAAAAGAUCUCGGUCCUUCGACUCGGUCGAAGUGAUGCUAUCAAUACGAACGUCUUGGAUGUUACGCUAGAUGAACGUGUGAAUGCGAAACUCAGUGAGAUUGGCCAGAAAAAUGGGAGUGAAAGGGAUCUUCAAAGCCUUUACACGGAGCAUAAAGAUACGUCGAACAAGUUCAACGAAAUUCGAGAGCGGAUGGACCAAUGUCGAGCAAAGGCCCAAGCUCUUCCAGCUGAACUCGAGAGGGAAUUUGAUUUACUAAAGAAAAAGAAAGCACAGCUCAGUCAAGCAAUUGAUUCUGCUCGAGAUAAAAACCAAGCAGCUGCUCGUAACGCAGAGCUAACACGCAGAAAAAUACAGCAAGAAAUUAUCGAUGAAGCUCAUGUUAUUUGCGCUACACUUAGCGGCAGUGGCCACGAGAUGUUCCAGACUUUGAGCAUUGAAUUUGAAACGGUCAUUAUUGAUGAAGCCGCUCAAUCUAUUGAACUCAGUGCACUCAUUCCACUAAAGUACGGCUGUUCCAAGUGUAUUUUAGUUGGUGAUCCGAAGCAAUUACCGCCGACUGUUUUGUCGAAAGAAGCGUCACGAUUCCAGUACGAGCAAAGUUUGUUUGUUAGAAUGCAGGCGAACCAUCCACAGGAUGUCCACUUGUUGGAUACCCAGUAUCGUAUGCAUCCGGAGAUAAGCCGAUUUCCAAGUGCUGCGUUUUAUGAUGGGCGACUUCAAGAUGGCCCUGCUAUGGCUAAGCUGCGGAUUCGACCUUGGCAUAAUACUGAGUUACUUGGUCCAUACCGCUUCUUCGAUGUUCAAGGAAUGCAUGCGAGUGCACCAAAAGGCCACUCACUCGUUAACAUGGCGGAACUCAGAGUGGCAAUGCGGCUGUAUGAUCGAUUGGUCCAAGACUUUCCCACUUACGAUUUUGCAGGAAAGAUUGGAAUUAUUACUCCAUAUAAAGGUCAGCUAAGAGAACUCAAGCAACAUUUUGCUAAUAAAUAUGGGAAUGCCAUCUUUAAGGCUGUUGAAUUUAAUACAACCGAUGCUUUCCAAGGCAGGGAGUGUGAAGUGAUCAUUUUCUCCUGCGUCAGAGCUUCCAACCAUGGCAUUGGUUUCUUGGCCGAUAUCCGUCGUAUGAACGUGGGUUUAACUCGUGCCAAAUCAUCUCUUUGGGUUCUGGGCAAUUCGCAAUCUCUUGCUCGUGGAGAAUUCUGGAGAGGGCUAAUUAAUGACGCGCGGGAACGACAAUUGUAUACCGAUGGUGAUGUGUACAAAAUACUACAGUCACCACAAAGGAGCUUGGUGCCGAAUGAUAUUGAAAUGACUGAUGCUUCAAUGGAUCCCAUUGUUUCGGAGCCAUCUUCAAGACCUGGUUCCUCCGUGACAGGGGGCAACGGGAGCAGCAGGCCUGCCUCAAGGCUUUCGAAUGAUACCACCAACGGCCUAUCGAUAGACGACGUUCCCUCCCGCAGUGGCAUGCUUACACCAGUGCGGCUUCCUGAUGUAGCUGGUGGCGGAGGAAAUGGUUUGAAUGAGAAGUUGGCUUGUGGAUAUUGUGGGAGUCUUUUGCACAUAGCACAAAACUGCGACAAUUAUGAAGCGAAAACCGUCAGUCAAGGAACAUGUUUUCGAUGUCGCGAGGAAGGUCAUUCAAAGAGAGACUGCACCGCAAUUCGGUGUAUGGUGUGCGGAAUGUUUGGCCAUGUUGCUGAAAUAUGCAAAUCUAACCGAGUUCUAACAAAGACGGAGAAGGAUAGGAUCAUGAGAGAAGAGCAUCAAUUUCGAACGCUUCAAAAAAGAAAAGCCGACAUUAGAAAAGAGAAGCAGCUGGGAGACCACGACCCGAAAGUUCCUACCAUCCAGGUACCAGGGACAACCCCUCGCCCGAGCGAUUCCCGUCAAGGCCAACCGAAUGCAGCCACGAAGAUGGCUGGAAAGCGGAAACACAUGGACUCGGAUGCUCCUGAUAGAAAGGAUUCCAAAAUUCCGAGAUCCGGUCACAAUGCUCAGCCAGCCAAUGCACCCAAAGGCUUGAAGGGUAGGAAAUUUGAUCCACAUUCAGUGGCACCACCAGCGGGUGAUCUCGUGAUACCUUCCAAGGACAGCCCUGGACAUCGUCCAAUUGAUGCAAAAGGCCAGGAUAAACCUACAGCGGUGGCCCCAAGCGGAAAUGGUGUGUCUGUGCUUCGAAACGGGCCGAUGAAACGGCCUCCAAUCCGCAAGAAGAAACCAGUAGAUCCGUUCAUUCGUCCUAAACGAAGGUGAACGGGCCAUUUCCGCAACGACGUUACUUUUUGACAUCUUGAUACUUCUCUGUUCACACGUGCUUUUGGGCUUUACCAGUACAUAUUUAUCCUGUAUCAUUAGGGAAUUCUGGUUGGCAGGUCCUCUUUUCCUCUACUUUGCUUAAAUAUCCCGGAUGGCGUCAUUUGAGGUGGGAUGGGCUUCUACUGCGAUUACUGAUCGAUAUACUGGUUCCGGCAACGUGUUACAUUCCUGACAAACACAUUGAUGGUUGUAUUAUUAUAGUUGACAAGGGGUGCAUUUUUCUUUUUAAGGAGCGGCCUUGACACGAAACGGGCAUGGUUGAUAUGAGGUCUUUGCAUCUGCAGGAUAGCAUGGCGGUGUUGAGGGCCCUGGCGGAAUUAUUCCUUGCAUAUGCUCUCGCAGACGAACACGAGGAGCAUUUCUUGUUUCUUUUUUUGCUUUCUCU